AGAGGGCUGGGCGUCAGGCAAAGGAUGCACCGUAGGAUGCGCCGCAAAUGACAAGACCGGAGGGGAAAGUGUGAAAGAUCCUGGCAACUGGCCAGCGCUAUGAGGUCUGCGCUGAGGGGCUAUCGAGGUUGCCGCAGCACCACAAAAGGGGACAGGCUUGCAACGAAGCUGUGAUUUUUUAUUUUUUAAUUUAUUUUUGCCUUGUCCCCUUCUUCUUCUUCUUCUUCCCUGCGCCGGCUUCUCUGCUCGGGAACAGCCAUCCUCCUUUUUUUUUUUUUUUUUUUUGCCUUCUGCCGUUUGCCUCCUUCGGAAGCCACCGCAUCCCCACGCCGGGCUCCUUCCCUGCCCGAGAUUUCUUCCUGGAAAGAGGCUGAGCACCCCACCCCCUUUGCCCAGCUUCUGUCGCUUGGACUCUUCCGCUGGCAAGGGGGUUGCUUGGAAGAUGCUCACCUUCAGGCCUUCGGCAGCUGAGCUGCUGGGAAGUGGAUGGUAAGGUUUGGAAGAGAUGCUCCGGCUCCUGCAGCAUUCCUCUGGAGCUGCCCUUUGUGCAUGGACAGAGCAGGGGGGGCGUUAGGGUUCCAGCUGGCGGCUGGCAUCCGCUGCCAUCCAGAGGGGGUGGCAACCACCCAGCUGGCGGCGGCAGCGGCGGCGGCAGCAAGAGGAGAAACGUCUGGCAGAUGCUGGCUAACGGUGUGGGCACUGCCGCCGUCCGUUCCCCCAGGCACUCAUGAGCAGAGGAGCAACCCUGCAGCGAAGGACGACCUACCUGAUCUCCCUGACCCUUGUGAAGCUCGAGUCCGUUCAGCAGCUCCAGCAAGGCGAACAGCAGCAGCAGCAGCAGCAGCAGCAACCGCCAGAAGAUGAGAAGGCAAGGGUUGAGGAUGGGGCUUCUCAGCCGGAGGGCAGAGCAGGCAGCCUCCCCUCCAGCCCUAUGGCUUUUCCAUCAGUUGCCGAACCCGCCGGGUUAAGGAGCCACAAGGAAGCUGAGGAGGCGGCCAAGAUCAAGAGGCAAGAGCGCAUCUUCCACCGGCAGGAUGCGCUCUGGAUUAGCACCAGCAGCGCCAGCACUCCUGACUACUUACUGCAGUUGUCGCCAGGCUGCCCUGAGACACCUGGCCCAUCCCCAUCCCCUGAUGGCGCUGGGCGAGCUGGAUCUCUCUGGACCCCACCCAGCAGCAGCCAAGGCAGUCCUUGGGAUCCAAAUCUUGGAUUAACAGCAGCUGCUCCCAAGGCCAAAGCCACCAUCAGCUUGGAUGCACCAGCCAUGAUGCCGAGAUCUGAGGUGCUGGGAACUUCAGUGGCUCCAGUUGUGCCCCCCAAGCCUGACCCACUGGUGCUCCCUGUUGCACCAGCUGUGCCCCCCAAACCCGAGAUGGCGUUGACCUCCAAAUCUCAGCCAGCUGUCCCCUUUAUCGCUCCGCCUCUGGCUCCUAAACCUGAGCCUAUGGUGCCCUUCCAGCGUGAGGCAACUAUGCCAUGCAUAGCCCCAGUUCUGCCACCCAAACCCGAACCAGCAAUUCCCUCUAUAGCCCCCAUCAUCCCCCCCAAACCUGAACCACCUGUGGGCAUUAUCUUUUCCUCUGCUCCUCCCAAACCUGUGAUGGUCGGCCCUUCGGUCUCUUCCACUCUCCUCUCUAAGCCUGAAGGUACUUUUGUCCCGUCAGCUCCUGCUGUAGCUCCAAAGCCCAAAGCCAUUUUGGUUCCAGUCAUGCCCAGUGUGCCGCCAAAACCAGAAGUGGCUCUGAUCCCCUCCAAGGCUGAGUUGAAGGAAACCUUGGAGAUCCCUGGAGAUGAGUUGCCAAUCCCCCCUCCAACCACUGCCAGCUGCUCCUCCAGCGCUGCUGCACCUGGACGCCGGAUGUUGGUCAGUCACGCUAGCUGGGGUGGCCCUGAGCCUGGGACUAUGGAAAUGACGGUGAGCCGUGUGGGUGUUUCUUCCUUCUCUCACUCGGGAGCCUCCUCUCCUCACCCCGCUGCUGGAAAUCGCCGCCUCCGCUUGGCCACAAAUAAGCCUUUCAAAACAGUGACCACCACAGGGGCUAAGGUGGGUACAGAGCCAAAGGCCAGCAAGGGGAGCCACAAAGGGGGUACCCCAAAUCGCCUGUCGUGGCCAGAGAGUGAAGUCAAGGGCCGCAUGAAAGUGGCAAUCAAAGGGAGCGGGGAGACUGUCCCCCGAGGAGGGUCCAGGGCGAAACUGUCGCCUCACAAAAACAAAAGCAAGACUCUGGACAACAGUGACCUCAACCAUGGCCCAGUCAGCUUAGCCUCAUCUGGUUCUUGCUCCUCAGAGGCUGCCGUAGGGCUGAAGAGAGGCCGGGAGGGUGGAAGGGCCUCCACUCGUGACCGAAAAAUGCUCAAGUUUAUCAGUGGCAUCUUCACAAAGAGUCCGGCUUCCACUCCCACUCACCCUGGGCCUGGCUGGAGUCUGAGCCAUAAAGAGCUGCUUAGUGCUGAGCUGGCCAAGGGAGAAUUACCCAAGGCUGUGGCAAAUAGCCAAGAAUGGACUCUUAGCCGUUCUAUCCCUGAGCUACGCUUGGGUGUCCUUGGGACCAUCAAGAGUGGCAAAUCAGCCCUGGUUCACCGCUACUUGACCGGAUCCUACUUGGGCCUUGAACCUGCGGAAGGGGGCCAGUUCAAGAAAGAGGUUGUAGUGGAUGGCCAGAGCCAUCUUUUGCUGAUUCGAGAGGAAGCUGGGCCACCGGAUGCUAAGUUCGCCAAUUGGGCAGAUGCCGUCAUCUUUGUCUUCAGUCUGGAGAACGAGGCCAGUUUCCAAGAGCUGACUCAGUUCUACGGGCUCCUCACCAACUACCGUGCCGUUUCCGACAUGGCUCUUGCCCUGGUGGGCACUCAGGACAAAAUCAGUGCCAGCAAUCCACGUGUGAUUGAAGAUUCCCGAGCCCGGGCUUUAUGUACAGAAAUGCGCCGUUGCCUCUACUAUGAGACCUGCGCCACUUACGGGCUGAAUGUUGAUCGGGUCUUCAGUGAAGUUGCCCAGAAGAUUGUGAACAUGAAGAAACAACAGCAGCUGCUUGCAUCCUGCAAAUCUUUGCCCAGCACGCCCAGCCAUUCCGCAGUUUCUACACCGGCGAGUAAUGGUGGUCAUACAAGCGACUACUCUUCAUCCCUUCCUUCCACGCCCAAUAUCAGUCAUCGGGAGCUGCGCAGUGAGGCUUCAGCAAUUAUUGGCACACCCAGCUCCCUGCAACGUGGGACCAAACGCCGGACCAGCCUGUUCACUAAUCGCAGAGGGAGUGAUACAGAGAAGAGGAGCCUGGAUAGCCGAGGUGAAAACGCGGGCAGUGGGAGAGCUAUACCCAUCAAACAGAGCUUCUUGCUGAAACGAAGUGGGAAUUCUCUGAACAAGGAGUGGAAGAAAAAGUAUGUCACUCUGUCCAGUAAUGGUCUUCUCUUCUAUCACCCCAGCAUUAAUGAUUAUAUCCAUGGGACCCAUGGGAAAGAAAUGGAUCUCCUUCGCACCACUGUAAAAGUACCUGGCAAACGCCCGCCCAGAGCCAUCUCUGCCUGUGGUGCCUCCUCAAGUAUCAACGGCCUGGUGAAAGACAUGAGCAGCGUUGGAGUUGGGGACAGCAGUACUAGCCCUAGUCCGGGCCUGCUGAAUCCUCCAGUUGACCCAGCAGUCAAGCUCUUAGGCAAACCGGAGCGUUUGCAGCGCUCGGUAUCUUCUUCCAAAGCUGAAGUAUCCAUGGCUGCAGAAGGACUAUCCAGUCCUGGCAGCAGUGGCAAAGAUCCUCCUCCAUCUCCUAUGAUUGACAGAAAGAAGCACAGGCGGAAGAAGCUCACCACACCAUCCAAAACUGAGGGAUCAGCAGGUCAGGCAGAGGAGGAAGAGAACUUCGAGUUCAUCAUCGUCUCCAGCACAGGGCAGACGUGGCACUUUGAGGCCAACAGCUUCGAGGAGAGAGAUUCCUGGGUCCAAGCGAUCGAGAGCCAGAUCUUGGCCAGCUUGCAGUGCUGUGAAAGUAGCAAGAACAAGGCCCGGAUGGACAGCCAGAGUGAAGCAGUGGCAAUCCAGGCUAUCCGAAAUGCCAAAGGAAAUUCUUUGUGUGUGGAUUGUGGGGCAUUAAAUCCAACCUGGGCCAGUCUGAACUUGGGGGCGCUGAUCUGCAUUGAAUGUUCUGGCAUCCACCGGAAUCUGGGCACCCACCUGUCUCGUGUGCGCUCUCUUGACUUGGAUGACUGGCCCCUGGAGCUCACUCUGGUGCUCACCUCUAUCGGGAACGAAACAGCCAACAGCGUCUGGGAGAAAUGCACACAGGGACGCCGGAAACCCACCUGUGAGUCAUCACGGGAAGAGCGAGAAUCUUGGAUCCGAGCCAAAUAUGAGCAACGACUAUUUCUGGCACCACUACCAAACUCUGAACUCUCCCUUGGGUGCCAACUGUUCCAGGCUGUCUUGGACCAAGAUUUGGGGGCUGUGCUGCUCUUGCUAGCCCACAGUGCCAAGGAACAGAUCAAUGCUCCUACCGGGGACAAGGACCGGCGCACAGCUCUCCAUGUGGCAUGUGACCUUUCACACGUGGUUAUCACCCAGCUUUUGGUCUGGUACGGUGCUGACGUUAAGGCCCAUGAUGCUGUGGGGCACACCGCACUCUUCUACGCUCGCCGAGCAGGAAGCCAAGAAUGCAUUGACAUCUUAAUGCAACAUGGUUGCCCAAAUGAAGGCUACAGCACUAUUGCCACCCCAGGCCUGCGCCGGAAAAGCAGCAGUGCCAGCAUGGGAAGGACCGAGGCCCGAACUGCCCUGGUGUAGCAUGCCAGGGGGAGCCUCUUCCCCAUCCCAACGGUGCCAACAAGGGUGCAGUGACUGACGCCUCCUCUCCUUAAGGAGGUCCCACUCCCCUCUGGCACCUGGACUGUAAUGCCAAGGAGCAUAGAUCAUGACUUGUGUCAUGCAGAGGAGGUGGCAGCUCCCAUCCAGAGCCCAGCUUCAGUGGUUCUGCUUGGCAUAGGCUGCCAUCACCAAGACUCACAGCUCUCUCUACUGCCAGGCCUUGAGCUGCUCUGCUGAUAUCCUGGGCAAACAGCCGUCUCUCCAGACAGGUCAUCAGAGAAAGCCUACAGAGAACCGAGAGCAAUGCGUCCCAGUAUUUGGAGUGAAUAAGAAUUAGGACCUGGGCUGACAUCGUUGUCUUCCCAAUUAAGACUGGGAAAUGAGAGGGACAAGUGUUUACGUGGGGUCAGCUCCCCUUUUCUUUCUGGGUUUGUAAGAAGUGUUGAAGACGGAAUGUAAAUCAGCAUUAUUGGAGCGGUUGGUGACUGAACUGCACUAGCCACUUCUAUGGAGCCCCAAAAUAUAACAAUAUGUGGGGGCGAAGAAGCUGGGGAGUGUUGAAGGGCCCAAGAGCGUUUGUCACAACAAUAGCACUGAGGGAAGAAGGUUCAUGGGGGAACCUUUGUGUCACUUAACUUGGCUUAAGUGAACCCCUCUCCUCCUCCUCCUCGUGUCAGGGUAUAGGGCUUAGUGGAUGCACUUGAGCUGUGGCACACUAAAGGGGCUGUAGGCCAGCCUCUCUCAUUUCUAGGCAGGAGCGCAUACAAAAACAGGAGUGAAGAUGCUUGCUCAAAUCCAGGGUGGAUGAGCAUGUAGAAAACAUGUAUUUCAUGGAGAAACCUCCAUGUUUCCGUUAUUCAGUUUCCCUUGCCCUUCCAACAAAUUGGGUUUUCCCUUCUAGAACGCCGACCCUUCCCAUCUCUCAAAGAACUGAGCAAGUGGGAGAGAAAAGUUAGGGAUGUCCUAAUACACACACACACACACAUAUAUAUAUAAACAGUGUCCUAACUUAACCAGGCAGUAAAACCACCUAUGGACUCUUUGGAGCAUUUUUUCUUUAUCCAAGAGAGAGAACAUAUUUUUAUUUAGCAGAUACAGCUCCUAAUGCCUGUUUUGUGAAGCGUUUUAAUUUGAAAUGUCGUGAGGCUGUUGUGAAGCCCACUUGCACCUGGCCUUGUCCAGGUCAAAAUGGGUAAGGCUGAAUGAAUUAGGCCAAGACACCAAUUAGCAGCCAGUCUCCACCUAUUGCCUUGCCAGACCCCUUUAGUCUUAGACUCAGGAUCACCCUGCUAUCACUCGGAAACACCAAGCACACUCCUUCUUCAAGCCGCACUGAAACACAUUCCUUCUGCUAACUUUCCUCAGGUCUGGUGCCUGAUCGUUGCACUGAAAUAGCUGUUAUGUCUUACACUCUUUUGAAGGCCCCAGGCUGCCUCCUUCUCCUAGAAACCUUUUCGCUCUUUCAGAUCGUUCAGAGGAGGUAAAAAAUGGUUGAGGCAGCUGGUUACAGGCCAAGAAGGGGGCUCAACCAUGGUGAGGCAAACGCUGGGCAUCUGAGGAAUUCAACAAGGCCAUCUUUUAUGGAUGCUGAACCUCCUCCUGAAGCUAUAGACGUACUGAGCAGCCAGAGGGGGAGUUCUUCCAAAGCAACACAGAGCCUGGCUGUUAAAAGAAGAGUCAUUUUUUUUAAAAAGAGAGAGAGAGAGAGAGAGAGAGAGA